UUGAAGUCAUAGGACGACAAGAUGAUGCUCAGUCCAGACCAACCCGACCCGGACCUGUCCUGGAGCCAGUCGGACACAGAGAGCCUGUUGGACUCUUUCAAGGUGGAGUACACGCCUGUGCCGGCCGAGCCCGCGGAUGGAGAGGGGAAAGCGCGCUCCCUGUCAGUGCCCGCUCUCAGCAGGGAGGAGAAGAGGCGGCGGAGACGCGCAACAGCCAAAUACCGAUCUGCCCACGCCACCAGGGAGAGGAUCCGUGUGGAGGCCUUUAAUGUGGCCUUUGCAGAGCUGAGAAAGCUACUUCCAACACUCCCACCCGACAAGAAGCUGUCCAAGAUAGAGAUCCUACGUCUAGCGAUCUGUUACAUCUCCUACCUCAACCAUGUCCUGGAUGUAUAG